AUGAAGCGCAAGCUGGAUGCCAACGACGUCCCGUCGACAGACGUCGCAGAAGGAGAAAAUGAGACGAAAACCACAUUCGAAAGUCUUGCUCUUGAUCCGCGGAUACGGCAAGCGCUGGUGAAGGAAAACUUCUCAAAACCGACUUUGGUUCAGUCCAAGGCUAUUCCUUUGGCUCUUGAAGGAAAAGAUAUACUAGCGAGGGCUAAGACGGGGUCGGGUAAAACGGCGGCAUAUGUUCUUCCUGUGCUGCAAUCUAUAUUGCAAAGGAAAUCGAAUGACCCCUCAUUGAAAGCAACCUCUGCUCUCAUCCUAGUCCCCACUAGGGAACUUUCAGAGCAAGUCCAACGAGUCAUCGUGUCCUUCUCCUCAUUCUGUGGAAAAGAUAUUCGCCCCGUCAACUUGACCCAAAAAGUAUCCGACUCGGUUCAACGUGCGAUGCUCGCCGAUGUCCCCGACAUUGUCAUCUCCACCCCGGCACGAGUGGUCUCUAACGUGAAUAACUCGGCUUUGUCUCUGGACCAUCUUACGCAAUUGGUUAUUGAUGAGGCUGAUUUGGUACUGUCAUAUGGAUACGAAGAUGACAUCAACGCUUUGGCUAAAGCGGUCCCACGAGGAGUUCAGACAUUCUUGAUGAGCGCAACUCUUACAUCUGAAGUCGACACAUUGAAGGGCUUAUUCUGUCGCAACCCUGUGAUUCUCAAAUUGACUGAAACCGAAGAUGAAGGCGGCGGUAUUAGUCAAUUCGCCGUGCGUUGCGCCGAAGACGAAAAGUUCCUUCUUACAUACGUCAUUUUCAAACUACAGCUUGUCAAGGGUAAAUGCAUCAUCUUUGUUGGGGAUAUUGAUCGUUGCUACCGUCUCAAGCUGUUUUUGGAACAGUUUGGUAUUAAGAGCUGUGUCCUCAACUCGGAGCUUCCGGCCAAUUCGCGUAUUCAUGUCGUUCAAGAGUUCAACAAGGGUGUAUAUGACAUUAUUAUUGCUGCGGAUGAUCAAGAAGUUCUCGGCACAAAAAAGAUUAAAAAGACAUCCGCAAUCAAGAAUGCCGAUAACAACGAGAAUGAUGAGGAUGCUGAGGCUGAACUCGAAGAAUCCAGCGACGAGGAGGCCCAACCAGCCGAAAACGCACAAUCCAAAAGCAACAAAAAGCAGAAACUAUCCGGCAAACAAAAAGACUAUGGUAUCUCUCGCGGCAUCGACUUCCAGAACGUUGCCUGCGUCCUAAACUUCGAUCUCCCCACAACAUCCAAAUCCUACACCCACCGUAUCGGCCGUACAGGCCGCGCCGGCAAAACAGGCAUGGCCCUCUCCUUCGUCGUGCCCAAGGAAGAGUAUGGCAAACACAAACCCACCAGCUACCCAACAGCCAAACACGAUGAAGCCGUUCUCGCCAAAAUCAUAAAACGCCAGUCCAAACUCGGCCAUGAAGUGAAGCCCUACCAUUUCGAAAUGAAACAAGUGGAAUCCUUCCGAUACCGUAUGACCGAUGCCCUACGCGCGGUUACCCGACUCGCAAUCCAAGAAGCGCGCGCUCGCGAAAUCAGACAGGAACUCAUCAAAUCCGAGAAACUGCGUCGCCACUUCGAGGAAAACCCUGACGAACUACGCCAUUUGAGACAUGAUGGCGAAAUCCGCGCGGUUCGGAUUCAGCCACAUCUCAAACAUGUGCCUGAUUAUCUGAUGCCGUCAAAGGGGAAACAGGGCCUUAUGAAGGAGGAUUCGCAGCGACAUGGUGUGGGAAUUGGAAAAACGAGCGAGAAUCGGAUUCGCAAGGCGAGGGAGAGGAAUAGAGCGAAGGGGAGACGUGGGGUUGCCGGUAAAAAGUCUGAUCCGCUCAAGACGUUUAAUGCCAAGGGGAGGAAGAAGUAG